AUACUAGUGAACGAAGAUGAUGAAGGAUUUAAUCUCAUUCAGCCCACGCUGAUCCAGCAGUUGAAGAUCAUUCUGGAUCAGUAUCCUGACGAUGGACAGAUUUUGAAGGUAAGAAAUGUGGAAGGCUUAAGGAAACCUCGGUAUCUGUUCAAAGAGAGGUACUCCUUUUAACCUUCUAGUAUUUUCGUUUUCUGUGUAAUAUCAGAAGUUGGGACAAUCUAAAAAGGAGAACUUGAACAUUGGGCUUGAUGAGACGCUAUUUGAAGAGUUUGGAUAAGAUAUGACGAGAGGCAAUGAGAUGGGAUGAAAUGAUAAAAGAUGAGAUGAAGUGAAGUGAAACGGAUGGGAUAUAGGAUGAUUUUGCCAAGGAGAGAAAGACAUAAGGAAAAUGAGAUGCGAUUAGAUGAUGUAGCCUGCAGUGCGGGCGUAUUUGGGUGGGCGAAACCUUGUUCGUGUUCGUAUUGUUGUGGUCACCAUCUUUGAUUCUAUGACAGUGGAAGAUUGGGGAGAGUAGAAAUAGUAACCCUUGGGGUAGGUGCUCCCUUUGAGUCGCCCCAUUUCCUCCUCUCUUCGGGAAGUUUCAACAUGGCGCUUUCGCGAGCAAAAACAUUUGCGCGCCCGAAGAAAACGCCUGCACUGCAAGCUACAUUGGAUGAUUUACUAAGUGAGACGAGAUAAGAUUAAUCAAUCCGUAAAAAAAGAAACAAAUUAAAAUUAGUAGUAAUGUCUAACUAGAUGUUAUAAGCUGAAGUAAGUACUGUGUAUCCGGAGAGUUAAUGUGUGAUACAUUAGAAGGAGUGGCUUCGUUAUAAAGAUGCUCAUUGAAAAAUUGAGCCGUUUAAACUCCUCUUUUUUUAAUUGUAUUUGUGUAUUAGGAGCUCAUCCAAAAUGCCGAGGAUGCAAGAGCAACUCAAGUGAAAUUCCUCCAUGACCUACACAGCUAUGGAACAGAGAAACUGCAUAGUGAAGGACUUGCCCAGUUCCAGGUAAUCUGUGAAUGUUGUCGUAAACUCUCAGAAGGAAUGACUUUUUGUCUUUUCGUUUCACUCCUUCUGUAAGAAUGAUUUUUAUCAGUCUAGGGGUUUCGCAUAAUCCCCCUCCCCUUUAUUAGUUUUCUAACACUCCGUCCCUUACCGAAUAGUUUACCCACAGGUCACAGGUCAGUAUUGUCUACAAAAUGUCUUCCAGCUUUAUGGUCUAUAUUUAAAAAGAUAUAAUCCUCAUAAAAUUUGACAGCCGUACUAUAUUUUCCGCACAUUCUACUUGGUAUUGCAUUUUCAUUCCAUUUAGUGAGCAGUUCCUUAGGGCUGGAUAUUGUGUGAAGGUGCUGCGAGUCAGAUUUGAGCACCCGAAAGAGUGGCAAAUCUUAGGCAUAUUGCGAUAUGGGCAGCAAGCCCACUCUCCUAUUCGACGAUAUAUAAAAGAGACUCCUCAAGUCAAAACGUCGGCUCUAGGUUGUGUUUUUCUAUGCAUGGUGUUCUACAUUUACAGCUUUAAUCUAUAGCGGUUUCCCAUUACAUACAUUAGACGUUUCUUACAUCAUUUUAAUUAAUGUCCACCAGGGCCCAGCACUCUACGCUUACAACAACGCCGAGUUCACCAAAGAGGACUGGAAAGGUAUCAGGAUGCUCUGUGACAGUAUAAAAGUCAAAGAUCCGAUGAAAGUUGGUCGGUUUGGCCUCGGUUUCAAAUCGGUGUUUCACAUCACAGGU